UUUUUAUCGCUUCGGUAAACCGAUGCGUCGUUGACUCCAAAGCUUAUUCAGUUGCGUUUAAGAGUUUGAUAUCCAUUAUUUCCCGAACGUAGUUUUCUGACGCAUCGUUCUUUUUCAUCUCGUCGAGCCAAUGUCGUCGCAACGGUCGGCAAGUGAACUCUUACUUCAAGGCACGGUUGAAGUGCAAAGCUUUCCGCAUCACCAUCAACGGUCUCAAGCGAUGGCACCCAAAGGCGGUUGGAAGUCAGUUUUGCAUCGUUUUGCAUCGUCUCUGUUUUUUUGUUGGAUGAAUGGAGUCCUUAAGAAAGGCAGUCAGAGACCUUUGGAUCAAAAUGACUUUUUACCAUUGUCAGACGAGAACUGUGCCCGUUUUUUAACCGAAAAGCUUCGAACAAGCUGGGAAAGCAGGAAACAUUACUGUAAAAUAAAUGGGAAAAGGCCCAAACUUUGGAAAAGCGUGUUUGAUAUGCUUUCUGUCAAAGAUGUCAUCAUCAUUUUGACGGGGAGUAUAUUGUUUUUCAUAAGUCGCCUUCUCUUUUCAUUGUUUCUCGGGUAUCUCGUUUCUAGUCUUAUGUCAGCUGAGGCAGGGAAUACUUACAUGAUCUACGCCUGCGCAUUAGCUUUGUGUCUCGAUGGUUUGAUGGGUGGCCUUGGUAUCCACCAUCUAAGCUACAGGUGUGAAGUUUUGGGGAUCAAAAUAGGCAGCGCCCUAAGGGGACUUGUGUACAACAAGACGCUUCUUCUCAGCGAGCAGACGUUACUGGAAUUCACUUCAGGACGCUUAUUCGACCUGAUAUCCAAUGAUGUUAAAACAAUGGAAGAAGAGACAAUCAAGUUUUUUUUCUUGACACCUUUCGCAGUACUUUCGUAUCCGGGAACAAUAUUCCUCAUUUACUAUUUGAUUGGCUGAAAUGAAAUCAACGUCAUUUCGAAGAGGACAGCCAUUCAGUCAAAUAUCGAUGCCUUGUUGUACAGUGCAACGCCAUUAGCUACUCUGGUGUCAGUAAUUACUAUGGUGCUUACGGGCCAGACUCUCACGCCCGCCAAUGUUUUUAUGCUUCUAUCGUUUAUGGGUGUUUUAAAAUUUUAUGGCAUGUUGAAUAUAACAAAUGGUUUCAUAGGAACAUAUGACGCUUACGUUUCGCUUGGAAGAAUCGAAGAGUUUCUUCUUUUAGAAAACUUAUCAGAAGCCUCGGAGGAUGAUGAAAGUAAAGAGCACCCACAAAAGGCCAGGAGUAACUUCACUAACCAGAGUCACGGCUACUCAAAAAAGGAAGCCGAAAAUGUGGAAAAUUUUUUCGAUGCUUGUGAAGCAACGGAAUUAAGGCCUACUAAUAUAUGUGUGUCUAAUUUAACCUGCACAAAAAAGAAUUGUGAAGAUGAAUUUAUUCUCCAGGAUAUCAAGUUUGUUGCACCUUCGAAGAGUUUAACAGUCAUCACCGGCCCAGUUGGAAGUGGUAAGUCUACUCUGCUUUCAGCUAUCGCUGGUGAAAUUUCCAACACGAGUGGCAUGAUUUCUUACCGAGGCAAGGUCAUUUACUUGCCUCAGACUGCUUGGGUGUUCUCGGGAACGAUAAAAGAAAACAUCCUUUUUGGCCAGCCCUUCGAGGAGACCAAGUACGAAAGAAUAAUCGACGUCUGCACUCUGAAAGAAGACUUCCAGCGGUUACCUGGUGGUGACCAAACAGUAGUUGGAGAACGCGGCGAGAUUCUGAGUGGAGGACAACAGGCGAGAGUAAGUUUAGCUCGUGCAGUUUAUGCUGACGGAGAUAUUUAUCUAUUGGAUGAUCCACUAAGUGCUGUUGAUUUUAAAGUUGGCCAACACAUCUUUAACAAGUGUAUCAAAGAUCUACUAGGCGAAAAAAUCGUUCUGUUUGCCUCUCAUCAGCAACAGCACAUGGAAAAUGCUGAUGAAGUGAUUGUGUUGUACAAAGGGCGUGUCCUCGACAAGGGACGCUUUACUGAGCUGCACGAAAAAGGUGUAAUCGGUUCAACUGUUGACCCACCAUAUAAAGCAGCUCUGCGGAAAGACGAAACAGAAUCAUCUGAUACCUUCGCCUGGGAGAAUACAGAAAAACACGUUGAUGCCGAAAAAUGCAAGAAAAUACUUCCUCUGUCCAAUGAAGCAAGGAGCUUGGAGAUAGCAAAGGAGGAUCGUACAAUCGGAGCAGUGACAUCCAAGCUGUAUUGGGACUACUUCAGAAGUGGAGCGCAUCCCCUAAUGAUAACUGGAAUGGUUGGUUUUAUUCUCCUUACUCAAGCCAUCAUAGUUGCUCCAGACUUGUGGCUCUCGUUUCUUGCAAGACUAAUCCCAGAGGAUCAGAAUAACAAGACGUAUCUAUCUGUCUUCGCCUGUCUGGUUGGUGCGUGCUUUAUAUUUACUAUCGUUCGGGCUUAUGGAUUCUUCCAUGUUUCUCUAAAGUGCGCCGAGCGUCUUCACGAUAAAAUGGUUGUGGCCAUUUUACAAGCACCUGUCCUGUUCUUUGAUUCAAAUCCAGUGGGAAGAAUCCUAAAUCGCUUCUCCAAUGAUAUUGGCUGCGUGGAUGAUAUGCUACCUAAAACAAUCCUGUGGGCAAUGCAGAUGCUCUUACUUAUAUUUUUUCAAAUUCUCGUAACAAUUGCCACAAAUGUUUGGCUCAUUCUUGUUGUUGUUCCCAUUUGUAUGCUAGUCGUUUAUCUUUCCAAUCAUUACUUGAAGACUGCCAGAGAACUAAAGAGGUUGGAGUCUAUAUCCCGAAGCCCAGUGUUCGCUCACUUUUCGGAGACUCUGAUAGGACUAGACACGAUUCGUACAAGAGGAAGACAGACACAUUUUUUAGACACACUUUACAGAUACCAAGAUGUUCAUAAUCAGGCGUACAUUAUGGUGAUGGCCAGUGCUAGGUGGCUCGGUAUGCGCUUGGAUUGUCUCGCUUCCCUGUUAGUCGGUGCAGUUGCUGUGGCUGCAGUCUUGGUAUCUCAAGAUGCCGCUUACGCUGGUCUCGCUCUUGUAUAUGUCAUCCAAAAUCUGAGCAUGGCUCAAUACGCUGUUAGAAAAACCUCUGAAGUGGAAAACUACAUGACGUCAGUUGAGCGAGUUAUGGCCUACACCAAACUUGAUCAGGAGCCUGGAUACGAGGAAGAACAAACACCCCCAAAAGACUGGCCUCAGAGAGGAAGUAUUGUGUUGAGAGAUGUAUCAUUGACGUACUAUCCGGGGGGACCUCAAGUGCUGAAGAAUAUCAAUCUUAGCAUCAAAGGAGGAGCAAAGAUCGGCGUUGCCGGCCGGACAGGAGCUGGGAAGUCAUCUUUUGUAGCAGCUCUUAUGCGCAUGCCUGAUGCUGAUGGAGAGAUAAUCAUCGACGAUGUUCCAAUUAAAGACAUAGGCCUCCAGCAAGCCCGACGAGGUAUCUCGAUUCUUGGCCAAAGGCCCGUUCUUUUUAGCGGAUCAUUGAGAAAAAAUCUCGACAUUUUAGACAAGUUUCAAGACGCUGAAUUGUGGCAGGCUUUAGAGGAUGUGCAACUGAAAGAUUUUGUCGAGACAUUUGAGGCCAAGCUCGAUCACGAACUGCUGGAACAUGGCGCUAAUGUGAGUGUCGGCGAGCGGCAGUUAAUUUGCUUGGCUCGUGUGCUGCUACAGCGAAGUAAAAUCGUCGUCAUGGACGAGCCAACUGCGCAUGUAGACCCAGACACAGAGCAGACGAUCUGGAAUGUAGUGCGGGACAAACUGAAGGAAUCCACUGUCAUUACUAUUGCUCACCGUUUGAACACGAUAAAAGAAUGCCAGAAGAUUUUGGUCUUAGAAAAUGGAAAAGUUAAAGGAUUUGACAAAUUUGAUUCAGUAAUGAAUAAUGCGUAGAAUGUGGCCUGAGACAAAAGAGCUCGAUUGCCAAGUCUGAUCUGAUCCUGCAGAGUUCGAAUCCUGCACAUUGUGGAAAUGAAGAAGAGGUAAUGAGUGACAAAAAUAUUUCGCUCAUGGCUCGGUUUUUUCCCCCACGGUGCCCCCAGCUUGUUUAAAAUCUCUCUCGCUGUCAUGCCUUAGGGUGUCACGGAACGCCGGAAGCGUUGCGUGACAUUCCAUCGAAUGCCUGCGAAGGGGAAUUUGCUAUUCGUUGGCAAAGCCCAAUAUUGGUGGCAAAACUUACACUGAAACAAGGCAUUUUGUUUGGUUUAAUGCCUUCACGGUUUCUCGUUAUGGUUGUCGUGAUAUUACCUAGUUUCCGGCCAACGGUUAUCACACUUCAAGGCCACCUUAUACAAUUAUUCACUGGUGAUUAAGUUUUUUGACUAGUUCUGUUUAUUGUGCUUUAUAACAAACGGGUGUGUUCUUACUUCUCCUGCUCUUGACAAAGAACCACAACAAUGGUCUUCUCGUCUUGGCGUCUUGUGAGUAUAACUUAAUUAAGAUGCUGUUUAUUAAGAAAUGUUCUAAGCUUUACCGAUGUUGUUAAUCUACAUACAGCCCUUUGAAACAACUUCAAUAAACGGGCUAAGCGGAAAAUAUUACGUUCCAAGGUCGCCACAUUAUUCACAUGUAUAGGUCUCAACCGAGUUCAAGAUGAUGCCCUCUAAUAUAUCAGGUGAUAAUCGUUAAAAUAAAAAAAGAGUGAAAAGAGAGA